UCCGUCGGGGAAUUCCCGUUCGCAAAAAGUGUGAGCGGAUCAAAUCGAGAUAUUGGAAGAGAAGAAUCUCUGUAGUUUGGCUUCUUGUUCUGUUCUGUCAUCAUAGUUUUGGACCGUACUGCUUUCUGAGCUGAGCUGAGUCAGAUAGGGCGAUCCUAGUUUGACCCUCAUCCAAGCCGUCAUCCAGCAUGACUACCAUUGAAAGUGACUUUCAAAAGCUGAAUUUGAGUGACCAAUCAGCAAAGGGUAAACAGAACAUGCUACCAUCCAAGAGCAUCAAAAUGGAGACAGAUCAACCUGGAGUGGACACCCCUGACUCCUGUCCCAGCAAGCCAGCAUCAGUACCAGAUGUAGUUAUGCCAGGACACACUUUAAAGGGUGUGGUUCAAGUAGCCCCUACUACACAAAAUGAAAUGCCCAAGACAGAUGACCAAAAAUGUGAGCUAAUAGUCUGGAGCGAUAUAAUAUGCUCAGUUUUAGAAUAGUUCUUGUGAAAUGCUACUUGCUCUGUGAGGGAAAUGUUUCACAGAUCAGCCAAUGUUGAAAUCAUGGUCAUCAGGUUGAUUGAUGUAGAUUUCAAAUGUUUAUUUCAAAAUGAAGGUCUUGAGAUGGACAAAUCAGAGGAUAGUGUGGAUGCAGUGCCUUCAAGCAAACCUAGAGCAAGGGUGUCAGCAAUGCCGCAAGCCAAUCCACCUGUACAGCAGCAAUCAUGUAUGCAGGAGACUGGUGCUACAGCUGCUUCUGGUUCAGGUGCUAUUCCUAGAAAUAAAUCCCAAACUACGGAAAGUCAAGGAGCUAAAGAGAUCGCCGCUCAACAAGCACCAGACCUUGAAGGAGAUAAAGAUUUGAUACUCCAUGAAUUAGCAGAUCAACUCGCUGGAACCUGUGACCUCAGGAAAUUGGCACUCCCACUACGAAUCAGGGAAAAUGAGGUUGCGCAAAUUGAAUUUGGCUAUCCGAGUUCAGUUGUAUUGCAGUUUUACAAGGUUUUCCAGCUGUUCUCAAAAGUGUCAGGUUCACAGUUGUUCAAACAGUUGCUGGAGGUACUGACUAAAGCUGAUCAGAGGUCUGCUGCAUCCUGGCUAAGGAAUAGAAUUGGACAAAGGGAGCCGGAGCCAGAGCCAUUAUUACAUGGUAGUGAGUCCAGUCCCAUCUCCGAUGCCAUACCCCAGACAGAGACAAGACGAGGAAACAUCAACAGUGAAUUCUACGAUGUCUUUCUCUUCCACACUGGCAAAAGCGAUGGCACAGAGAAAUUCCAGAGAAUGUGCAAGCAGCAUGGGUGGACUUUGAAAAGCUCCGACACCAUUCCAGCAACUGCCCCUGUCCAUGCUGCCAUUGGAGAAAUCCUAAGUACCUCAACGCAUCUGGUCCUGAUAAUCACAGAGAGUGACUGCAUAAACUACAAAAAAGGUGAAAUGUGUAUGACGGUGGAGAUGGCUCUACAAGUGGCAUACAAUCGUGACACGUUGUCCGGAAAAGUCCUUCCCAUACGGUGUUGCAAUAAGAGGAGCUUACCCCUCGUUUUGCAGGCCUUGACGGGUGCACAUAUAGACGACGAAAGCUUUGAGAAUCGGAUGAUUGCAACCAUCAAGACCCAAACAAGGGAAGCAAGGAUGAGAGAAAUGCAAGACUAAAUGAAUGUCUUACGUUGGGGAGGAAUCAAACAAAAAUCACACACACAAAAAAAGAAAGAUCAAGACCCAUCUAAACCGCAAAUCAGGAAUGUAGUCAAGGCUGGUACUUCUGAGACACAAGGCGGCUGUAGAGUACCUUCUCCUAUAGACUUAUUACAUUUGACUCGGCUGAGGCCAAGGCCGGCAAAAUGUAGCAUAGAGGCCAGCCUUUACUACAUCCCUGCCUCAAAUUGGCAACUAAGUGAGUACGUUAUGACGCACAAUGAUUGUAGGGAUAACUCUCCCAUUCGUCAUGUAUUUAUACCCACGUGAAA